AUGGACCAAACCGAUUCUAAUAUCAAAAAUAAUUAUUACAAACAACAUCAAUUUCAUUCUCAACAGUUUCAACCAUAUCAAUUACAAAAUCAUUCUUCUGAACUCUUGGUCCCUUUAGCUUCUUCUACUGAACUUUGUAACAAUAAUAAAGAACCUUUGACUGAACAUGAUUUGCAACGACUUCAAAAACUCGUCGAUUUAAUCUUUUCGAAUAAAUCUACGGUUACUUCUAAACUUCCUAUUCCCUCCUCAGAAGAUGAUAUUUUAUCUUCUAUCAUUCUCUACCUUCCACUUCUUAUUAAUAAACCUUUGGAAAUAAAUCAAAUUACAUUUCCAAUAAAUAUUAUGUUGUAUCAUACUUAUCCUAAUCUUUUUAGGUGA